AUACAUGUGUUAUUGGAUAUUGUGGUAGCGAAACAAAGUUAAAUACAUGUCAAUCUAAAAGAGAUGAUGGUGUUUCGGUUGAUAAAAUUGAAUUUGGAAUAGAAUCAAAAGAAGUUGGUGACCAAAAAACACAAUAUACUAUUAUACCUCCAUUGAGAAGACGAUAUGGAUUCAUUAGAUUAUUCCAACAAAUAAAUACCAAUCAAAAAAAAAUAGAGCUGCAUGAUAUUUCUAUUCAUUUAAAAUUUACUAGUUAUUAUAAUAAAAGCAGACAAAGCAGAAUUAGAAUACCUUCAAGUAUAGAUGAUGAAACUAAUGAAUUACAAUAUACAAAUAUAACUCCAAUGUUGGAUACAAUGAUCUUGAAACUUUUUAUUGUUGAAAUAUGUCUUAAAGAUGCUGCAAAAGAUAAAGAUAUGGCUAUUG